UUAGCAUUAGCUGCUGCUGCUAGGUACCGACUCCUUACACAUGAUCUAGCGCUAGCAACAAGAACAAAUACAUACUACAUAGUGAAAAAACAACUAAUAUCAACACAGGUGCAGGUGUCGGAGUGUCCUGUGAGAAAGACGGAUCCGCAAUGUUGAACCCGACCAAUGGCGACCCAGGCCACGUUGUCGUGAAUUAUGUGGAGGAGUAUUUGGACCUGGUGGAAUCCCUACCUUUUGAUUUGCAGAGGAGUGUGUCUCUCAUGAAGGAAAUUGAUGCCAAGUAUCAAGAUGUUUUGAAGGAGCUUGAUGACGCUUAUGAACGGUAUCGCAAGGAAUCCGAUUCACUUCAGAGGCGCAAGCUUCAGUUAUCCAUCCAGAGGGCACUGAUCCGCAGUCAAGAGCUUGGAGAUGAGAAGAUCCAGAUUGCAGGUCAAAUGGUGGAGUUGGUUGAGAACCGAACGCGUCAGAUAGAUUGGCAUUCAGAACUUCUCCUUUCCUCUCAAGAACUCCCAGAGAGCCAUGUUCCCAUAGCAACAUCUAUGGCAACCACCGCAGCAUCCAUGAUGUCGUCAUCAUCAUCAUCGGCCACCAUAACUCCAGGCAAAACCGGCCACCAUGACAAGAAGCGCGAUGAGGUCACCCCAGGCUCAGGCGGUGGAGACAAGGGUGGAGGGAAACGCUCGAGACGACAGAAAAACGGGGAAAACAGAGAAAGUUACGGGGGUCUGGAUCCAGCCGACGAUGUCGGAGUGGGGGCCUCUCGGGAAAAGAGGGCCAAAACGUCUUCUAAGAAGAAGAAAAGGUCAAAAGGAAAGUCUGAGAGAGAAGUGUCACCGCCAGACCUGCCCAUUGACCCAGAUGAGCCAACGUACUGUCUGUGCGAGCAGGUGUCCUAUGGCGAGAUGAUUGGCUGUGAUAAUGAUGAAUGUCCUAUUGAGUGGUUUCAUUUCUCCUGUGUCGGGCUUCAUCAUAAGCCCAAGGGAAAGUGGUUUUGCCCCAAGUGUAGGGGAGAGAAUGAGAAGACCAUGGACAAGGCCUUGGAGAGGGCUAAGAAGGAGAGGGCAUACAACAGGUAGCUCGUUCCGCCUGGCCCAAUGAACACUAUUGCUCAAAAUUUUUAUUUUGUGUCUCGUCUUUGUUUCCAUUUACUGUUAUGGCUGUUUAAAAAGAGUGAUGAAUUGAUCAGAGUGACCUUGUAAAUAGUUAUUUUUGUAACUGCUACAUAGCUGACAGUCAGAAGAAUUUGUAAAGAACGGACAUGUAACUGUACAACCUGCAUGUUUGUAAGCAGCUGUCCUGCACUUACAUCCCCUUUGUUUUUGUCAUGCACGCAACAUCAUCCACUCCAAUUAUACAUGCCCAAUUAACUAAUAAAACAUGUCUUAACAAGAA